ACUGAGAGAUUGAGUCACAUCACUGGCGGCUGAAAGCUAUCAAAACUCGCCAAGUGUUUGCCCUCGACUAUCCUUGAAGCUUUUUGAAGGUUUGUUUGCCUGGAAUACAAAGGGAACAUUGUUAUUUUUUUUUCUUUUUCUUUUUUCUUCUUCAGGGUUUAAUACCUCACCUCAGCUCUAUGGCACAUUCUGGCGUCGCGAUGUCUUACUUAUUUUCAUGCACUUGCUGCUACAGAUAAAUUUGUGCUCAUAUACCAAAGAGUGACAGAGCAACGACACAGUAUCUGCGUCUGACUGUAAAAGGUGCUGGAAACCAUGGAUCACCUCACUUCCAAAUCCCAACGUUUUCAUCAUCUGCUCUUCAUCAUUCUAUGCAUCUUUCCUGGAUCACUGAGCCAGACUUCAGCCCCCAGGGGCUGUGGAGAUAAUGUGGAAUCCUUGUAUUACAACGUCUGUGACCUGACUGCAGUCUGGGGUGUUGUAGUGGAGUCAUUUGCAGUUGCUGGUUUGGUGGCCACCCUGAUUCUUCUGAUCGUGCUGCUAGCCAGCCUUCCCUUCGUCACUGACAAGAAGUGGCGCAGUUCGUUAGGGCUUCACACAGGGUUCCUCAUCUUCACGUUUGGACUGUUCGCCCUCACAUUCGCCUUCAUCGUUGGGAAGAACUUCGCCACAUGUGUGUCACGCCGCUUUCUCUUCGGUGUGCUGUUUGCUGGCUGCUUCUCUUGCCUUCUCAUGCAAGCCGUGAGGUUGAACAUACUGGCCAGGAGGAAUUCGACGCCCAGAGGUUGGGUUUGGUGCUUGGGGGCUCUGGGGCUCUGGCUGGUAGAAGUUGUCAUCAACACCGAAUGGCUAAUCAUUACUAUUGUGCGAUACCCAACUAAUGUCACUGGAAAUUUGGCUUCUGCUUCUGCUACUGCUGUUCCCUGUAUUAUUGAAAACCAGGAUUUUGUCAUGGCACUCAUUUAUGUUCUAAAUCUACUAUUGGCGGUUGUGGUGGCAUCUAUACCCAUAUUGGCAGGCAAGCACAAGCGUUGGCGCAAAGAUGGAGCCCUCAUCCUGGUCACAGGACUGUUAUCUGUGGGCAUCUGGGUGGCGUGGAUUGUCAUGUAUGUGUAUGGGAACGCAAAGAACGGUGGGCCGACAUGGGACGAUCCCACAUUGGCUAUAGCAUUGGUUUCAAACGCAUGGGUGUUUCUGCUACUCCACACGGUGCCGGCGGUGUGUAGCCUGAGUGAGGAAGAUGAAGAUGCAGCUGUUGAGGAAAAUCUGUACCCCAGCAGAGGGUACGAGAACAUUUUGAAGGAGCAAAGUCCACCCAGCAUACAUAUUGAAAAUAAGGCCUUCUCUAUGGAUGAGCCCAACGCAGGUAACAAGCCUGUGUCCCCAUACAGCGGCUAUAACGGCCAACAUCGAAGUUGUGUUUACCAACCGACAGAACUGGCCAUCAUCACCAAAGGAGUGAGCAAUCAAAAGAUGGAAUCAUAUCAAAAUAUAAUUCCACGAGCAUCCACAGGAGCCCAGAGCGGCGGCACCAGCCCCUCCACACAAGUUGAUGAUAUGAGACAAAUAUAUACAAAUGGAAAUUUCAUCAGAAGACCCCAGUGAUCAGCUCAUGCCAACUGUUUUUUUUUUUUCCUUUCUUUUUUUCUGGUGUUUCUAAGUUAAGAUUUGUGAUUUAGUUUUUUGUUUUCCAUCACUGUGCUCAACUGCAUAGAUAGACUUCUGUGAACACAGACUAAAUGAGCAACAGAUAGUUGGUUUGCUCCACUGAAAGCCAGUGUGUUAUUGGGUUAUCUUAAUGAACCGCAGAAGACGUUGUACAGUAAUGGCUUGUUUGUGCAUGGGACACAUUUAAAAGUUUAUUUGUACAAAUGAUUGUAUAGACUACUGCAAUGCUACCAGUUGUGUUUACUAAGAAACACAGACCAGCAAAGGACUGUAAAAUAAAUGUUUGCUGGUUUUCUGUCACUCGUCCUGUAUAAGGAGUUUUGAAAUGCUGCUUCUAUCACUGUAAACUUAGGUGUAGUAACACCAUACAUGUGCAUAAGCUUGACAUUACAUAUAUAAAAUGUGCAAUCACAAUCA